UCUCUCCUCAGCCAGGAGCAGCAGGAAGUGGGAUACCCCAGAUUAAGUGUUAUCUGAACGGAGUGAAGAUCCCCCGGGUGGUGAGACUGAAGACCCUGGUGGUGAAGGUGUGUGGUGUGAUCUGCUCUGUCGCCGGGGGACUCGCUGUCGGAAAGGAAGGUCCCAUGAUCCACUCUGGUGCCGUGGUGGCAGCAGGAGUCUCCCAGGGACGCAGUACCUCCCUGAAGAAGGACUUCAAGAUCUUUGAGUAUUUCCGUAGAGACACAGAGAAGAUGGACUUUGUAUCAACUGGAGCGGCUGCAGGAGUGUCUGCUGCUUUUGGAGCACCAGUUGGUGGUGUUUUAUUCAGUUUGGAGGAGGGGGCUUCUUUCUGGAACCAGAUGCUCACAUGGAGGAUAGUAAGUAGAGGAGGGGAAGGCUUGGUUCAGUCUGGUGUCUGAGGAGAGGAGGGGAAGGCUUGGCUCAGUCUGGUGUCUGAGGAGAGGAGGGGAAGGCUUGGUUCAGUCUGGUGUCUGAGGAGA